GUAGUGCAUCUGCAAUUGGUGAGCAGAGGAUGUCAUCGCCAGGGUCCAAGCUCCCUCUGCUGCUCUAUGGCAUCCUCCUGUGCAGCUCCUUUGCUCCGCUGCCAGUCAUCAGCAGUAAGAGACAGAGCACAGGUAGUAGCGGCCCAGUGGCGCAGGAAGCCGCCAGCUCCUGGGACAAGAGGGAGGAGACAGCUAGAGAUGGAGAAUACCUGCUGGGGAUAAAGAGACUGAGAAGGCUUUACUGUAACGUGGGCAUUGGCUUCCACAUUCAGGUCUUACCGAACGGCAAGAUCACUGGCGUGCAUAAUGAAAACAGAUACAGCCUUCUAGAAAUGUCCCCCGUGGAGAGAGGAGUGCUGACCCUGUUUGGAGUGAGAAGCGGCCUCUUCAUUGCCAUGAGCGACAAAGGAAAACUCUACGGCUCGGGCCACUACAACGAUGAAUGCAAGUUCAAGGAGAAUAUCUUGGCCAACAACUAUAAUGCGUACGAAUCAGCUGCCCACCCCGGCAUGUACAUCGGCCUCAGCAAGACCGGCAAGACCAAAAGAGGCAACCGGGUCACACCCACCAUGACCAUGACACACUUCCUUCCCAGGAUAUGAAUUUUAAGAUCGAAACUCUCAGCAGUAAAGAAGAAAGCCAAGGCCACGGUGUUCUCCUUCUACAACUAACACAACCCAACUCAAACUGCUGCACUUUCAAACGAUUUUGCCCAAUCCCGAGCUAACCGGCGCAGUAGGCAACGUUUGCACCGACCAAAGAACAGUCACGUGGCUUAAAAAGGGCUGUGAAUGAAGACUUCAACGGCCAGAAUACAAAGCAGUAUGAGUUUAAACAUUACUAUCAUC